AUGUUGCCCACACACUCAGUCAUUCUUUUUGGAGGCGUUGCGAGCGCAGCGAACUUGUGGGCGACACAUUACUCUGGCACACUCAACUACCUGACAUUCAGCGGAAAGUCGUUGACCUUGACGAGCUCAAGCAAGAUCGGAAACAACUUGCCGAGUUGGAUCACCUACGAUAGCGCGGGCAAGGCCAUUUACGUGCCCGAUGAGGUGUUCCAGGGCCCAUCGACAGGUUCCCUGGUGUCCAUGUCCAUUGGGAAUAACGGCACUGUAAAGACGACCGGAACCGGAAUCACACCUCAGGGUGUGGUCGCCAAUACCCUGUACGGCGGAGCGGAUGGCAAAGGCUUCAUCGCAAAUGCGCACUACCAAACGUCGCAAAUCACGACUUUCAAGCUGCCUUUGACUGGCGGACAGCCGAUCCAGUCGAUCAAGUACACUGGUUCAGGUCCUAAUCAGGGCCGCCAGGAGGCACCGCAUCCCCAUCAUGCAUUUGUGGACCCAACUGGAGACUUCCUGAUUGUCCCCGACCUUGGCACCGACAACAUCCGAAUCAACAAAAUCGAUAAGACGACUGGAAAGCUUACAGAGUGUGGUGCUGGCAAGCCGGCUCCUGGUUCUGGUCCUCGACAUGGAGCUUUCUGGUCUCCAGCGGGAGCCAGUUCGCGCGUUCGACGAGCAGACAACACAUUCCUGUUUGUUGCCAACGAGCUCGCCAAUACCCUAUCUAGCUGGGCCGUUACUUACCCAGCGGGGGGUUGCUUGACGCUGAAGCUCAAGCACACCCUGACACCUUACCAGGGCAACAGCACCGCCGCCCGUGGUACCAAGCUUGGAGAAGUCAAGGUCAAGGGCAACUACGUCUACACAUCCAACCGCAACGACAAGAAGUUCUCGCCCAACGACUCGAUGACUCAGUACACCAUCGCUGCUGACGGUACCUUCACUUUCACAGAGAACACAUCCUCGUACGGAACGUACCCCCGCACCUUCGACAUCAACAAGGCCGGAGAUUUCGUCGCCAUUGGUGAUCAGACUUCGUCAAACGUCGCCAUCGUCGCAAGGAACCCGACCACUGGGAAGCUCGGUGAGCGCGUUGCUGACUUGAGGAUCGGCGCGACUGGCAUCCCAGAGAAUGAGGAUGGACUCAGCGCUGUGGUAUGGGCGGAGUAGGUGGACUUUUACUUUUCAGGAGAUGAUAUCGGCUUUUUCAGCCACAUGAUACUGAUCAUAUCAUGUAUUGCAAAUUGUAAAUAGAUCAAAGCAUUCGAUUC